AUGUCCGAGGUCAACCGUCAAGGUUUGGACCAAGUGUACUCUUGCGAGAAGAGCGGCAGAAGCGAUGGGCCAAUAGCGAAUAUCGUUUUUGUGCAUGGGCUUCGAGGACACCCACGCCGAACGUGGGAGUAUACAGAUCCCACGGGCAACCACCCAAGUACGAAUGGACCAUCGCUUCACGAAGAGACUUCUCCGUCCGAAAAGCGAUCAUGGAUUCGCCGAUUAAAACCUUCCUCACGACCCAAGCAAGCUAACGACGCCAACUCCCCCUCGCACGACACAGCUGCUGGGAAACUCGGUUGCGAAGCCACGUUUUGGCCUGCGGAUGAGCUUCCGAAGACCGUGCCUCAAGCGGACAUCUUCACCUACGGCUAUAACGCUGAUGUGAUCGAGGGAAUCUUCCAGCAGAACAAUAAGAAUAGUAUUUUUCAACAUGGAAAUGAUCUGAUGGUCAGACUGGAGCGUUCUAUCGGAAAUGAUUUGCCCAUAAUCUUCGUUGCCCAUAGUCUUGGAGGGAUCGUGGUCAAGACGCCCCGUUACAAAAGCCUCUUGUCGCGAGUCCGAGCAGUCGUAUUCUGUGGAACCCCUCAUCGAGGAGCCGAUGCCGCAGCAUGGGGUCGAUUGGCAGCAAACAUCGUGACGAUGGCAUUGCAAAGUUCUAACCAUCGACUCCUCACGGACCUUCAGACCGAUUCCCAGAUCCUAGAUCUGAUCCAGGAAGACUUCCUCCGGAUCUUACAUGUGGGAAAUAUCAAUGUUCAUUCUUUCCAAGAGAGCCGGGGGUUGUCCGGAAUAAAGGGAUUUGAUGGGAAAGUUGUGGAUGACUUCUCUUCGAAGCUGGGCUAUAGCUUAGAAACAACCGAAACAAUUGACGCAAACCACAUGGAGAUGGUGCGGAGGCCCGGCUGUCGGAUUAUCUCCGCAGUGAUAAAAGAUUAUGUCACGGAUGUUGAGAAAGAAGUCGAACAGCCAAGUGCGUGA